AUGAUAAACAAAACAGAAAGAGAUAUUAGAAUACAAUUUCGGUUACAUACUACUACUACUACUACUACUACUACUACUACUACUACUACUACUACUACUACUACUACUACUACUACUACUACUACUACUACUACUACUACUACUACUACUACUACUACUACUACUACUACUACUACUACUACUACUACUACUACUACUACUACUACUACUACUACUACUACUACUACUACUACUACUACUACUACUACUACUACUACUACUACUACUACUACUACUACUACUACUAAUACUACUACUACUACUACUAUAGAUGAUAACACAUAA